AUGCCCGCUACCUUCGUCCCAUACCACCCUUCGCGCCCGCCCUCGCGAGCCGUCUCGAUCGUCGACGGAGCCCCCAAUCUCCCGCCUCCCUCGGACGCGCCGCCCUUCUACUACGAUCGACCCUCAUCCCGCACUUCGCACUCCCNNCCCUCGCACUCGUGGUCCCCUACUCGCACCUCCCUCGAUUACACCGUUCCACCCACGUACAACGCUCCCUACGAACCCGCCGACAUCAACGGCAGCCCGAGACCUGGCUCACCUUCUAGUAAAUAUGGUGGCAGCUCGAAACGACCCNUCCCGCCAGCUCCGCUGUUCGCUGGUGUGCGCCCCAACUCAUCCGACGGCGACAAGGAUCUCUCGGACAUGACAGCCAUACCCAUCGAUGGCGACGAUGAUCCGUUCACCGAUGACGAGCGACCGGACCUGCUCAAGACCGAUUCGUUCGUGUCAGACUCAACCUACAACGAUGACGAUGACUACGACGAGAAGGGAAACUAUGAGCCCGCUCCAGAUGGAAAGCAAGAACGCCGCGGCGCAAGACCUGCAGUCAUGUCCAGGAAAGAAGUCAAACUCAUCAACGGAGAACUGAUCCUGGAGUGCAAGAUUCCCACCAUCUUGUACUCUUUCUUGCCGCGUCGCGAUGAUAUUGAGUUCACGCAUAUGCGUUACACGGCCGUCACAUGCGACCCCAACGAAUUCGUCGAGCGUGGCUACAAGCUCCGUCAACAGAUUGGAAACACGACCCGCGAGACCGAGCUGCUUAUCUGUAUCACCAUGUACAACGAGAACGAACUCGACUUUACCCGCACCAUGCACGGUGUCAUGCGCAAUGUCGCCCACUUCUGCAGCAGACAAAAAUCUAGAACUUGGGGCAAGGACGGCUGGAAGAAGAUUGUCAUCUGCAUCAUCGCCGACGGUCGCAAGAAGGUCCAUCCUCGAACUUUGGACGCUCUUGCUGCCAUGGGUGUAUACCAAGAUGGUAUCGCAAAGAAUUCGGUGAACCAACGUGAGGUCACUGGCCACGUGUACGAGUACACCACUCAAGUAUCUCUCGAUCCCGAUCUCAAGUUCAAGGGUGCCGAGAAAGGUAUUGUGCCUUGCCAGAUGAUCUUCUGCAUGAAAGAAAAGAAUGCGAAGAAGCUCAACAGUCAUCGCUGGUUCUUCAACGCAUUUGGACAGGCCUUGAAGCCCAAUGUCUGUAUCUUACUGGAUGUUGGUACAAGACCAGGAGACACUUCGUUGUACCACCUGUGGAAGGCAUUUGAUAACGAUUCGAAUGUUGCAGGUGCCGCUGGUGAGAUCAAGGCCGGCAAGGGCAAGAACUGGCUCGGCCUCUUCAACCCGCUUGUGGCAUCUCAGAACUUCGAGUACAAGAUGUCCAACAUCUUGGACAAGCCACUCGAAUCCGUCUUUGGUUAUAUUACUGUCUUGCCUGGCGCUUUGAGUGCUUAUCGAUUCCACGCCCUUCAGAACGAUGAGACCGGACACGGACCUCUCAGCCAGUAUUUCAAGGGCGAGACACUACACGGGCAAGAUGCAGAUGUUUUCACGGCCAACAUGUAUCUCGCCGAGGAUCGUAUCCUCUGUUGGGAGUUGGUUGCAAAACGUAACGAAUCCUGGGUGUUGAAGUAUGUCAGACAAGCCACUGGUGAAACUGAUGUACCCGAUGCCGUCCCAGAAUUCAUUUCUCAGCGCCGCAGAUGGCUGAAUGGUGCAUUCUUCGCCGCAGUCUACUCUCUCCUGCACUUCAAGCAGAUCUGGUCCACGUCACAUUCUCCAAUUCGCAAAGCCCUACUCCACAUCGAGUUCAUCUAUCAGUUCAUCCAGCUCACUUUUACCUGGUUCUCGCUUGGAAACUUCUAUCUAACCUUCUACUUCGUUGCUGGUUCUCUCUCGGACCCAAAGAUUGACCCCACUGGUGGAAAGGUCAAUCUCUGCAAAUACCUUUUCGCCGUUCUACGAUAUGCUUGUAUCUUGACUAUCGCUAUGAACUUCAUCUUGAGCAUGGGUAAUCGACCACAAGGAGCAAAGAAGAUGUUCUUCGGCUCCAUGAUCAUCUACGGAGUUGUCAUGGCUUACACCACCUUUGCUUCGAUAUGGAUUGUAGUGAAGGAGUUUGGUGGAGGCAAGAUGCAUCUCGGCAACAACCUUUUCACCAACUUCAUUGUCAGCACUCUCAGCACGAUUGGACUCUACUUCUUGAUGUCCUUCCUGUAUCUGGACCCUUGGCAUAUGUUUACCAGUUCCGCUCAAUAUUUUGGCAUGCUACCCAGCUACAUCUGUACACUCCAAAUUUUCGCUUUCUGUAACGCGCAUGAUAUUUCUUGGGGCACAAAGGGCGACAAUACCGUUAGUACUGAUUUGGGAGCCGCCAAAGCAUCAAAGGGCGGCACCGUCGAACUUGAAAUGCCGAGCGAGCAGCUUGAUAUCGAUAGCGGCUACGACACCGCUCUUCGCAACCUUCGUGACCGCGUCGAGGUUGUUGAACCACCACCAAGCGCUGCACAGCAACAAGAAGAUUACUAUCGCGGAGUCAGAACGUACAUGGUGACAAUCUGGAUGUCUACCAAUGCCAUCCUUGCCAUGGCCGUGAGUGGAGCAUACGGCGAAACUGGCAUCUCUAACAACGUCUACCUCAAAUUCAUCUUGUGGUCUGUUGCUGUUCUGGCCUUGUUCCGUGCCAUCGGCUCAUCAACUUUCCUUCUCAUCAACGCCGUCCAUUCGAUCAUGGAAGGCAAGCUGAAGUUUAGCGAUCGCAGCUCCACUGGUAGUAAGACUGCCUCGAGAAGACGAUACGGCUGGCGCAGCAAGAUCCCAUCCUUCAGUUUCCUCAACGGAAGUGGUACGUGGAUCAGUGACAAAGCUGGAAAUGCGACUGUGGGGAUCAAGAAAAUCUUUCGCAAAUGA